ACCUUAAUUUUUGACAUCUCCUCAAACGAAUCGACAUGACUCUGUGAAUUUGGCUGUCACUUUGCGAAAUUUUGUUUUAAAAACUCAUCCAUCGCCUCAAAUCGUGUUGCAAAUUUUAUUACAAAUUUCUUGUAAAAACCUAUCAAUUCAUAACAUUCAUAAAUCUCCAUAAUGUCUCGUGGAAGUUCAGCCGGCUUUGACAGGGUUAUUACCAUCUUUUCGCCAGAAGGCCGCUUGUAUCAAGUUGAAUAUGCCUUCAAGUCAAUCAAUCAAGAAGGUAUCACUUCGGUGGCAAUUAAAAGUGGAGACUGUGCCGUCAUAGCUACACAAAAAAAAGUCACAGAGAAGCUCAUUGAUCCCAGCACUGUUACCCACAUUUUUAGAAUUACCAAACAAAUUGGUGUUGUUAUGACUGGAAGAAUAGCCGAUAGUCGCUCUCAAGUUCAAAGAGCUCGAUAUGAGGCUGCUAAUUGGCGUUAUAAAUACGGCUACGAUAUGCCUGUCGAUGUGCUUUGUCGCAGAAUUGCUGACAUCAAUCAGGUAUACACCCAAAAUGCCGAGAUGAGGCCACUUGGAUGCAGCAUGAUUUUGAUUGCUUACGAUGAUGAAAAUGGUCCAUGCGUUUACAAAACUGAUCCGGCCGGCUAUUACUGCGGCUUCCGGGCUGUUUCUGUAGGUGUUAAACAAACUGAAGCCAAUAGCUUCCUGGAGAAGAAAUACAAGAAAGAUUUGUCCGAAGAGAAAACCAUCCAAUUGGCAAUUACUUGUUUGUCGACUGUUCUUGCCGUUGACUUCAAACCAAAUGGCAUUGAAGUUGGUAUUGUCAGCAAAGACAAUCCAGACUUUAGAACCUUGGAUGAGAAGGAAAUUGAAGAUCAUUUAACGAAAAUUGCCGAAAAGGAUUAAAUUUAAAACGGACAGUGUUUGUCUGGUUUUGUUUUUAAUUAAUACAUUUUUUUUGUAAUGAGAUAAAAAAAAUAAAAAUAUUCAUUUUGGAGGAAGGCCUUUUAAACAAUUAA